CCGCUCAACUAUGCUCAUCCGGCGACCGCUCCAAACCCUCACCCUCCCCCUCCUCCGCCGCCACUUCUCCGCCGCCACCGUCGAGGCCUUUGUGUCCCCCGACCAAGCCACCGACCCGCUCUCCCCGCCGUACGACUACCUCCCGGGCCACCCGCGGCCAGACGCUAAGCACAAUGAGGUGAUCCUCGCCGUCCCGCGCGCCUCUUCGGGGCGCCACGUAGCCGCCAAGGAGCGCAAGGCCGGGCGGGUCCCCGCCAUCGUGUUCGAGCAGGAGAACGGACAGGAGGGCGGCAACAAGCGCCUCAUCUCCGUUCGGGCCAAUCAGAUCCGCAAGCUCGUCGACCACCUCGGCCGGUCCUUCUUCCUCUCCAGGCUGUUCAGUCUCCAGGUCUGGUCAGAACAUGCCGGGCAGGGCGAACUCAUCGAAAGCGUCCGCGUCCUACCCAGAAAGGUACACCUGCAUGCAGGCACUGAUGAACCGCUGAAUAUCACAUUUAUGAGAGCACCUUCUUCUGCACUUCUCAAAAUAGAUGUUCCUCUGAUGUUCAUUGGAGAGGAUGCCUCGCCUGGUCUCAGGAAAGGAGCUUACUUCAACACCAUAAAACGAACAGCCAAGUAUCUGUGCCCUGCUGACAUAGUACCACCAUACAUUGAAGUGGAUCUAAGUGAGUUGGAUGUAGGACAGAAAUUGCUGAUGCGUGAUCUGAAAGUUCAUCCUGCGUUGAAGCUGCUUCAUUCGCCAGAUCAGCCCAUCUGUAACUUUACCGGAUCAAGGUCUCCAGAAUAGAAGAAGGGAAAAUAACUUGCUUCUUUGUAUGAGCUGUUUUGAGCACAAUAAGGUUUUGUUUCGUACUUGAGUGAUUCAGGUGCUACUUGUCCUACUGUUAGGAUGAAUUGUAGCCAGAGACACCUAUUUUUACCUCAGGAAGGGAUCUUUUGAGCAGGUAGAUGCUACUACAGCUAGACGCACUUGCAAAUUGGACAGAAAUAUGGUCUUCUAGUGUUAACAGAAACUUAUGGUGCGGCGAGCAAUAUUGAAAAUUGUUUGCAAUCUAAUUUAGCAUUACGUAUUUACAAUAUGAUUUAUAUAGAUAACAUAAGUUUCUGAGGAUGAUCAAGAAAAAACAAGCUUUUAUCUUUUGCCAUCGUGACGGCUUAAGAUCCUGUAUCUGUAAUCAACCUGUAAGCUCAAUAUAUCCUCAGUAGCCCAUCUUCGAUACUGGGCUGGUCUUAUCACAAAAGAUGUUAACUAUGCUAUAUGUCUAGCUCUAUGUUACUGAUCU